AUGUCUACCCUACCUCUACAGGUGCUCGCGCCCUUACUAGACGGCGCCCUGCCGCUCUCCUGCCCUUCUGUGCAAGCCGUGGUGGGGGACGCCCUAGACGUGCUCUCAUGCAAGGAGAUGCGCCCAGGGACAGGCAAGGCAGCAGGUGCGGAGGAGGAUGGGGAGGAGGAGGCAGGAGGAAGCGCAGGCGGGGUUGCAGGGGGAGGAGGUGGCGGAGGUGGCGGGAGAGCAGCAGCAGGAGCAGGAGCAGGAGCAGGAGGAGGCGGAGGAGGAGGAGCGGGGGCGUUGGCGAAUGCUUUGAAGGGGCGGGUGGUUACUCAGCUGAUGAAGAAAAACCUAGUUGAGAACACCAUUCCUGUUCUGAUCGAGCUGAAGAGGCUGCUGGAGGCACAGAACAGCCCGCUGCAGGGGGCACUGAUGGCGUGCCUGCGGUGCCUGUUCAAGGAGUAUAAAGAGGAGAUAGAGGACUUGCUGGCGGCGGAUCCGCAGCUGGGGAAAGAGCUUCCGGACCAGAUCUCGAAGCAGAAGCAGGCUCGGAGACGAGAUGUUUGGCAGGAGCGGGUUGGCAGGGUGGCACAGGAGGAAGAUGGGGAUGGAGUGGGGAAGGGGAGGGUUAGUGGUGAGGGGAGUAUGGGAUUUCAGGAGAGGUUGACGAGGGAAGGGGGAGAGGUUGGCGGAAGGGGUUGUGAGUGUGAGGUGGAGAGGAGGACGAGAGAAAGAGAGGAGGGAGAGAGUGAGGAGGCAGGCAUGAUUGGGAAAGAGGAUGGAGGGGGAAGAAAUGGCCGGAGUAAGAAGAAGGGAGUUGUUAUGAAGGAGAAUGAUCAGUGUGCAGCAUUGGAGAAAGGAAGCAUUCUAAAGGGUAGGAAGGGAGAAGAAGCAGCAGAUGGUAGUCGGCAGGAAAUGGAAGGUAGUUGGAAAGGAGGAUGUGAGACCGAAUCCGCAGCCAGAGAAGGCAGGGGGAAGGGGUACAGAGGGGUGGUGCAAGGUGAUGAGGGGCAGGGGAAGGGGGUGCGAAGGAGCAUGGGGGAGGAUCUGCCACCACGACGAGCCACCCGGCAGUCAGCAAGAGUCAAGCGAUAG